CUUUGUAGAGUUUCACUGUCCUCCACUCCCAAUUCAAACCCCUUUUUUCAUGGGAAUAUCUCCAAAUUCUGCAGAACAAAAGCCCUAAACUCACUCACCCUCUUCCCCAAAUUCUCGAAAUGCAGAAUUUACCCCAGGAGAUCGUCACAGACAUCCUCUCUCGGCUGCCGGUGAAAUCACUUCUGCGUUUCAGGUGCGUUUCGAAACCAUGGCGCUCUUUGAUUGACAGCAAAGAUUUCGUUAAGUUGCAUUUGCAUCAAUCCACCAAAACCAACUCCAACCGCUUCCUACUCUUUGAAGACACUUUGUUGGAUAUUUUCGCCGUAGAUUUAGAUUCGUUCGAGCGGUUAGACCUUGGUGAUCCCCCGUUGAACGACUACGGCAUGGCAAACUCUUGCAAUGGGCUUGUUCUGGCUGUAUCCGACAGGCCUGUGCUGUGGAAUCCAUCGACAAGAAAGCUCAAAGAAUUGCCGCCGACGCCGCUUGAAUCCCCUGGAGAUGUUAAGGUUUACGUCAACGAACUCUAUGGUUUCGGCUAUGAUUCCAAGAGUGAUGACUACAAGGUUGUUAGGGUGACGGAGGUUGGCGAUGGGCAAGAUGGUGAGUACUUGUAUUCUGAAACUAAGAUUUAUAGCUUGAAAUCAAAUUCCUGGAAGAGGGUGGAAGAUUAUCCUCAUAUUUUGCCUAGUGGUAAAAGGGUCUGGGGCGUUUAUCUGAACGAUGCUCUGCAUACUGUUGUGAAACAUUGUCAUCAUUGCGAGUCGAUUAUGGCGUUUGAUCUUGGAACGGCUGAGCAUCAUGAGUUGCCGAGGCCGGACCUUACAGGUGAAAAUAUUGGAGUCGCUUCAGUUGAGGUAAUGGGAGGUUAUCUUACUGUCCUUGUUCCCCGAAAGAUGAAUAGAAGCGAAAUAUGGGUGAUGAAGGAAUAUGGGGUGAAGGAGUCUUGGACAAAAUUAUUGUGUUUUGCCCCACCGAUGCCUGAACCUUAUAUGAAUCUGACUCCAUUAGCCUAUUUGAAGAAAGGUGAUGAGGUUCUCUUGAACUAUGACGGCAGAUGCCUCCUUGCCUACAGCUUGAGGAAGCGAGCUGUUAGGAUUGUGGAUGUUCCUGGUUUGGUUCCCCAAUUCUAUGAUGUUGCUUUUUUUGGUACCUCAUUUUAUGCUGAGGUUUGUGUUGGCAGCCUCGUUUCGCUCGACAGUCCUAGUGAAGAUGAUGGGUCUGAGAAACAAAGCAUACAGAGCCAAGAGAAGGCAAACAAGGAUAAUAACAACAGGGAUGAUUUUCUGUCAGUGGGUUUCAAGCUGGUACUUUGAAGAAAUUGUAAAGGAAAAUGAGGUACUAGUGGGAGCAUUUGGUAAUGAAGAG